GAAGAAGAAGAAAGAUUCACCCUUUCACAGCUGACUAAGGUACGGGAAAAUGAAAGGAAAUAGUAAAGAAUUGUAAGUUGAUAACCUUGAAAGUAGAAAGAAACAAUUCUAGAAACACGCUGAGAAAAUAAGUAAUUAAUUAUGUACGAAAGCAAGAAACAACUAUCAUGCGGUUGGUGUACAUGUUGACCAUAUAUGGUCCAAGGAGGCCGCAAAUUGCUAUAACAGGACCAUUAAAACACUAGCUUUUCCAUGUAUACGUAACAAUCCUCUCUUUUUCCUUCUUUUACACUUAAAUUAUCAUCAUGAUUGACUCAUUAAUUUCAGCUGCGCAAGUCGGUGACAUAGACCUGCUCUACAAACUAAUUUAGAUGCAACCAUAUGUGUUGGAGCACACAGAUUUCAUGCCAUUUGUUGAUACUCCUUUGCAUGUUGCAGCCGCUGCUGAGCAUGCAAGUUUCGCCACUGAGAUCAUGAGACUCAAACCUUCAUCUGUAUGGAAGCUGAAUCAAUGUGGCCUUAGCCCCAUGCACCUUGCCUUGCAGAACAAGCAUUACAGAAUGGUGUGUCGCUUUGUGGACAUCAACAAGGACCUUGUUAGAGUCAAAGGGAGGGAAGGUCUCACUCCUUUGCAUAUUGCUACUCAAACUGGGAGAACUGAUCUUGUGGCUAAGUUCUUGUCGGCUUGCCCUGGUUCCAUUGAAGAUGUGACCGUCCGAAGUGAGACUGCGUUGCACAUUGCUGUGAAAUAUGAUCAGUUUAAGGCCUUGGAGGUCUUGGUUGGAUGGCUUCAGAGAAAUUGCCAAAGACUUGCUGAGGACCGGGAAAAAAGGGUUUUAAAUUGGCAAGAUGAAGUAGGCAACACCGCUCUCCAUCUUUCAGUUCUCAAAGGCUUCCCACAGUCAUGAGGCAUAUCUUUCGAUUCUUAUAUUUUACUUCAAAGAAAAAAAGAAUGUUUUUAAAAGACAUGAGCUUAUUUAAUUUGGGUUUACAAAAUUAGCUUUAAUGACCCUUUUUAUAAGUUUUAGAUUUUUUUUUCAUUAUGACAUUGGUGUCAAAUAUCACUGGUUUUACU